UGGCAGUGACAGAUUUUUUCCCAUCUCUUUGAUUCAUCCCCAUACACAACAACACACUGCUAGUUCCCUUUCUGGGGGAUUUCUGAGGCAUGAACGCACCGACCGGGACCGAAUCGGUGUCGAUGGAGAUGAUGCAUGCCGAUGUGAAUAGUCAUUUAAAGCCAGCGAAAAUGAGCAAAUAGUGUUUAUAUGUUUGAUAAAAGAGGAAAACGGAACGGAUUGGGAACGUGCACUGGGGCAGUCUGCUUCUGUUCACCUAGAUUUGAGCAGAGCUAAUGGGGAAAUCGCACAGUCAGACACAAAGCUAGAACGCUCAAGACCAGACCGUCUACUUCCCUCGUGCCAGCGACUCCAUACUGUCUUGUUGGAUGCAGCUUAAUAAGCAGAAGAAGAGAAAGAAAGGAUUUCUCUCAAUCCAGCGGACUAGGUUGUUUUCGGUAUGAUGAAAAAGUGAACUUGAAUAGUUCCAGAAACCAAAAAAAACAAACACGUGAGACGGACAGAGACAUUUUGUGGGAGGCAUCGGGCUGAAGUGGGCGCCAUCGUUUCCUACGUGGCGUCGUUGGUCGGGUGAGGAAACAGGGAUCCUGUAGGAUGACCAGCCUUUUCCGACGCAGCAGCAGUAAUGGAGGGUCUAGGGGUGGCGGAGGCUCGGCAGCAGGCGAGCUCAACAACUCCAGGCCCAACCGGCAAGUUCGACGGCUGGAGUUCAACCAGGCCAUGGAGGACUUUAAAACCAUGUUCCCUAGCAUGGACUAUGAGGUGAUCGAGUGCGUCCUGCGCUCCAACAAUGGGGCUGUGGAUGCUACCAUCGACCAGCUCCUGCAGAUGAGCAUCGAUGGGCAGGGCUCAGAUGACAGUUCGGAUUCAGAUGACAGCAUCCCACCAGAGAUUCUUGAGCGGACCCUCGAGCCAGACAGCUCCGAUGAAGAGCCGCCCCCUGUCUACUCACCACCGACAUAUGACAUGCACAUAUAUGACAGGAAAUACCCUGAUGCUCCUCCUGUUCCUCCACCGAGAUUUGAGGCCCAGCCUCCCCCUGGACACAGGCAAGUCCAAGGUUACAAAAACUGGAACCCACCGUUACUUGGCAAUUUGCCUGAUGACUUCCUGCGAAUCCUGCCCCAACAAUUGGAUAGUAUACAGGGCUCUCAGAGUAGCAUCUCCAAGCCCUCUUCCUCCUCCUCCUCAGUACCCCAGAAGGUCCCCACUGUGGCGGCUGCCACAGGAACAGGAGGAGCUUCAGAGCAGGAACGCAAACUGAAGCAAUAUUUGGAGGAUGAGCGUAUCGCUCUCUUCCUGCAGAACGAGGAGUUCAUGAAGGAGCUGCAGAGGAACCGAGAGUUCCUCAUUGCAUUGGAAAGAGAUCGAUUGAAAUAUGAGUCAAAGAAAUCCAAAUCCAGUCAUUCAUCAGCUAGCAUGGAGAACUCCACAGGUGACCACUAUGCUUCCGGAUCUGUAGAGGCCUGCACAGCAGUCUCAGAUGACGCUCUGUUCAGAGACAAGCUAAAGCACAUGGGGAAAUCAACCAGGAAGAAACUGUUUGAAAUCGCCAGAGGGUUUUCGGAGAAGACGAAGCGGAGGAAGUCUAAAAGAAGAACGUUGCUACGGCAUCAUUCAUUGGGCACAGCCAACUCCACUGCCAACCUCCUAGACGAUGUGGAAGGAAACCCAUGUGAUGAAGAAAGUCAACACAGACGAUUGGCUGCACAGGAAGAGGAGGAGCCACAUAAGGAACCACUAUCAUGAUCCCUCCUCUGUGCUCUUGGGAAAUUAGAGUUUCCAUGGUGACCUCAGAAUGACCCAUGGCUGAUUGCUCCUUAUCUCAGCGGCUCCAGUGCAGGCAAUCCCAGACUCGAGAGGAGCAGCCUCCCCCCAGACCAGCCGAGGCAGGACUGUAUGAUCAUUUUGUAGCAGCCUUUUGCAAGCCUAAGAUUAUUGUUACCUACAUUUGAUUACUAUUAUAAUUAUUGUAUUGUAACUGUUUGUUAAUAUUGGUUUCAUAUGUAAAACUCAACAGCUAUAGUACUGCUUUCCUACGUCUUUUUUAUCCCUAAUCAUCUGAAAAGAAAUUCCCUUUUAUGUUUGUUUAAAAAUAUCAGUUAUUUGAGGAAUUUCUUUCCUCACUCAUGUUGUCACCAUUAGAAAAGAGGCAAAUAUUUGAUUUAUUACUGUCCAGAAGUGACACAAUUAACUGUCAGUUGUUUUAGCACAUUAGUAUAUAACUAUUACCUUAUAUUCAAUGGACUCUGCCGCUCUCAGAGUCUGAUCUGCACAUUAAACAUCAACAGCAUUUCCUCAAAGAAUGUACCCAGUUUAAAUGCUUUCUUCUUUCUUUAUCAGUGCUAUUAAGGAAAAAACACCAUUGAUUCAGGUCUCCAUUUAGUCUGGUGUGUUUUUAGGGCGCUGAAUAGUCCAUUUCCAUACUACUUUUUCAUAGUUAAAUCAAAACAUAGUUCAUUCAGAUGAGAUGAUGUCUUCAGAGUAGUCUCCGGCCACUCCAGCAAUUCAAUUCGAGUCAUUUUUACACAAAAAGAGAAAGGCGAAUCGCAGAUAAAUCGCGUUUGCACUGUCAUAUCUGUUUUAUAAAAUAUUUGAAUGCUUUUUUUUUUUCAGUUGUUUCUUUGUGAAAAGUGAUUAGAUUUGUUUAAGCAGUAUAGUUGCCAUCUGAACAUGUUUUUUUUUUUUAGUUAUCUUUGAACAGAACGAGCAGAGAACAAUUUGAAUGACGUCCUUGAACCAACCAACACGCUGCUGUGUGUUUUGCUUUUUUUUUUUUUGCAAAUCACACUGAAUGAUUUACCCUAACGCUGUGCUUCCAGUAGGUCACUUGACUGUGUCAUAAGGUCGGAGGUCUAACUGUGAUCCACCAAUAAGAAUGUGCCAUUAUGUUCCUUUUAGUGUUGUGCAUCCCAGUACUGAUUCCGUGUAAAGUAGCCUAUUGGAGGACACUGUGUGACAUGAUGUUUGUUUGUAUUUUAUGUAUGUCAGCUGGUAAAUCUGGUAGUUUGAAACCACCUAGAAGCACACUUUUUGAUUCCACCAUGUUACUGAUACAAUGGCUAUUGGAACUUCUUCAUUUUAUUUAAAGGGCAUUAUGUACAGUAUAUAAAGUCAUGAUCGUGUUCAUGUCACAUCAGUAUGUGAUUAUAUGAUUUUUGCCAUUAUUACAAAUUAUAAAGGUAUGACGUGUAUUCCACAUACAGUAAUUAUAUGUUCUGUGAAGUGUAAUAGCCAUUAUGAAAAUGUGCCGCUUCCAUGCAUAUUUGCGUGAUGUAUUUUUACUUCUUUCUCUUUUUUUAACAGAUCUUUAUGAAUGGCACAGAGCAACAAGUCAGUAGUUCAUUUUGAAAAUGAUGUGAGUUGAAAGAACAAAGGUUUUGUAAGAGCAAAACCUUGUUGAGAGUAGUAAGGCAUACAGCACAGAGUCCUCGUUCCCAGCGUCUACCGUGAUUCACAGGCACGACUGCGUGAGAUUUUUCCCUUCCAUCCUGCUUGUUAACAUACUUGAUCCACUCAGGGAACUUGCUCUCAUUUCACUUUGUUAAAAAGCACAACUAAAACUGAAAACUUAGCGCAGAAGCUUCAAGGUAGCGCCGUCUGUUUACCCGUCAUGAGGUUUAUAUGAACAAUUCAAGGACUGUGAGGAUGAUCUGCUUCAGUAUGUAGCCAAGUUCUUUUUCUUGAUCACAUGUCCUUGCGUGUUUACCCGAAAUGUUUUCGAGAUCUACAUCUCCAUCUUCUGUCUUUACAUGGGAGAGAUUGAGGCGAAAUCAUUGGCAGAUGUGUUCAGAGAGCGUCGUGUGCGAGCCACAUGAUUUUAAGUGGCUUUUAACAAUUAGUGGAAUGUAAUAUUUAUACUGUAUUAGAAGGAAGAAACUGUACAUGGAAAUUGGCAAUUUUUUUUAACCUAAAAUAUUUGAUCUUGCCAUUGUUUUUUUUUGUUUUUUUUUGUUUUUUCUGUCCCCUUUCUUUUGAAGAAUAUGGUUCUCACCAAAUUAAGUUGACUCUUCAUCUAUUUGUCCAAAAUAAAUGUGAUUGUUCCGGAUCACAUCAUUCACUUAAGACUAUUUCAAGUUCUGGACUUUUCUUACAAUCCAGAUGUUUAUUAGCUAUUGGAAUAAAUAAUAAAAUUGUUGUACUCUG